AUGUGUAGGGGUUGUCCCCCUAUCAUUCUUGGCGGUCUUACCUUAUCCUAUCCUCGCAGCGUCAGGGGAUUGCCUCCUCGGUUGCAGAGCCCUGGAUGUGUAGGGGUUGUCCCCCUAUCAUUCUUGGCGGUCUUACCUUAUCCUAUCCUCGCAGCGUCAGGGGAUUGCCUCCUCGGUUGCAGAGCCCUGGAUGUCGUCAGGGGAUUGGCUCCUCGGUUGCAGAGCCCUGGAUGUGUAGGGGUUGUCCCCCUAUCAUUCUUGGCGGUCUUACCUUAUCCUAUCCUCGCAGCGUCAGGGGAUUGCCUCCUCGGUUGCAGAGCCCUGGAUGUGUAG